GCGUUUUGACUGGAAAAUGGAGCCCUCUAGCGACCGUGUUUGACAAAUUCAAAGGUUUCUUCGUGAACAAAGCUAACCAGAAGCGAAUUUAUUAAGUUGGCGGUGAGCUUUCAGUUGUUAGUCGGUUGCGCACAGAAAAGCAUCUUACUUUUCUUCUCAACGAGCCAAAGAAAUCGCCAUCACCCUUCACCCAUAAAAAAUUUAUCGAGAAAAAUCGCAACAGAGGAUCCUAAUUUUCUCGGAAAAUUCUCAAAUGGGGAAGACCGGACUGUUUGAUCUCGAAAAGCACUUUGCUUUCUAUGGAGCUUACCACAGCAACCCGGUCAACAUAGCGAUUCAUAUGCUCUUCGUCUGGCCUAUCCUCUUCACCGCUCUGCUCAUCCUUUACUUCACGCCCUCGCUGCUCAGUUUUGGGGUUUCGGUGUUUGGUAACGACGUCGCUCUGCCUUUCAACGUCGGCCUGCUGUUGACUAUAAUCUAUUCGGCGUUUUACAUCUGUUUGGACGCAAAAGCUGGCUCCUUGGGUGCUCUGCUCUGCGUACUUUGCUGGGUUGGUAGCUGUUUCCUUGGAACCCUACUCGGAUUUUCCAUCUCUUGGAAGGUUGUUCUGGUGGCUCAGAUAGUGUGUUGGACUGGACAAUUUAUCGGCCAUGGAGUCUUUGAGAAAAGGGCACCAGCUUUGUUGGACAAUCUUGCACAAGCCUUUAUCAUGGCUCCCUUCUUUGUUCUGUUAGAGGCUCUGCAGAUCUUCUUCGGGUACGAACCGUACCCCGGGUUUCAAGCAAUUGUUCAAGCAAAGAUUGAUGCUGAAAUCAGUGAAUGGCAAGAGAAUAAGAAGAAACUGAUCUCCUAAUCUGUAACUGGAUUUACUUUUACUGUAAUAUCUGGGUGUGGUUAAAAGCAGUACCAAAGCUUUUAUCUGUAAACAUGUGACUUGGAAGCCUUGAAAUAAAUAUAGCACAUGAGCUUUUGAGAAGGACAUGCAAAGCUAUAUGUAUCCAAAAAGUUAUCUCUUUUGGCUCUUGCCUGUUUAAAAAGGUUUGAUAUAUAUUAGUAGACACUUAAUCUGC